AUGGCCUCCUUGGCUGAUUAUUGGCCUUCAAGCGACGAUGAGCUAGCUCAUCCAAACACAGUAUCAAGACAAAAGGGCAGUAAUGUGCAGGAUCAAUGCACAUCUUCAACUUCUCGUGUCUCUACCUUGAAGCAGCGAGACCUCAUCCCUAAAUCGGCCGUAGUGACACCAGUUCGUAAGGUGCGACGGCUGCGUAGCCGCGUUCAGGAUACCAACAAUCCGCUAUUCCAACCGUGGAGUGCAGAAGAUGACAAUGGGACUCAAUUCCGAACACAGAGCACCAUGAGAGAAUCCUUCGCAAAGUUGAGCCUAGAUACAGAUUUCAGCGGAGACUCACCUCCAACAACCACUCGUUCGAGUCGCAUCACGGCAAUUAGGCACAUGUAUCCCACACGAGGGGAAGCAGGUUGCCCGGCACCAUCUAGAGGAAACACAUUAACUCCAUUAGCAACAAACAAGUCAGAGAAUCGUAAUGGGCCACGGAGCCAAGUGCCUGAUGUUGGCGAUGAUCACACAUUGUCUUGGGCUCGACCGUCAUUACUGGAAGGAAACGGUUCGGACAUAAAAUCACCUCAGCACAUGUCUCUGGAAACUCAUAUGGACAGUUUUGGAAUCACUGACGCCACCGUUGAUGGUCGGUCAGAUUAUUCGUACAUUGACAGUCAUGGUCACGACGAUAACACUUCGAAUGAAGCGGAAUCUAUCAUGGAAGUGGCCAUUCCCCAUCCCGACAGUACGGCAUCCAUUUCUUCUCGAGCCCAACAUCCGGUCACGUCAACAUAUCACAGAGAACCUAAGCGGAACAAUGCCACUGGGCCGCUGCAACCCCUCAACAGAAAUGUUCUGAGUCCAAACAGGCAAUAUAUCCAGCAGUAUAAUGAGUCAACGCUAUCAGAAAGUCAGUCGGCUGGGAAAUAUUUAAAAUCACCUGAUGAUGAAAAGCAACUGUUCAGCAAGUUCGAACACAUGCGACUAUACUCUCGUGAGGUAUCUGCUGGCGAUGUUCCCAGAAGUCGUGACGACCUAUCCGACUUUAUCACACCACCAACCAGCCCCCAAGAUACUCUGAACACUCCUCGCAGGCCAAAACCUGUUCCACAAACUCCGGAUAAUGCGGCUGCACCCUCGACGAGGAGCAUUCGAGAGGCUACCAGAAAUGGCAUGAAGAGGAACUUCAAAGCAAUAAGACAGUCCUUGGCUGAAAAGUUUCUUUUGGAAUUAGACUCGAAAAUUGCGAACGGCCAGGUUACCAAGUUAUCAGAAUCUACAGGGGGGGUGAAGAUAAGGUGGACGAAAACUCUGCACACCACAGCCGGCCGAGCGGACUGGCGCCGCGAAGCCGUCCGAACCAAGCCUGAUGAUGUUACUGUUGACGAGAAAUAUCGACACCAUGCCUCAAUCGAACUGGCAGAAAAAGUUGUUGGCGACGAAAACAGGUUGCUUAACGUGCUAGCGCAUGAAUUCUGCCAUUUGGCUACCUUUAUGAUUAGCGGCGUGACAACUAAUCCCCACGGAAAGGAGUUCAAGUCCUGGGCUUCGAAGUGCUCGGCUGUCUUCAGCUGCAGGGGUGUUCAGGUAACUACAAAGCAUUCGUACGAAAUCGAGUUCAAGUACAAAUGGGGGUGUGUUAAAUGUGGAAUGGAGUACCAGCGACAUUCUAAAAGCAUUGAUACUCAACGUCACAGAUGCGGAUCUUGUAAGGGCUCUCUGGAACAAAUCAGGCCUAAACGGCCAGACAUUGUCACUGGCGAUGGACGGCCGGCGGGUCAGAGCGAAUAUCAGCUAUUUGUAAAACAUCACAUGAAGUCCGUGAAGGAAGCGAACCCCGGUGUUCCACAGCAGGGUAUAUUGGGGAUCAUCGCCAAAAACUGGGCUGAAUUGAAGAAAGCGAAGGUCAUUGACCAUACAUCAGGGGACGUGAGCCUUGGAGCACAGUUAGACGAGGCUGAUGUUGUCACCAAGCUGGUGGUUGAUUUAACACUCGAGGAUAAUUGA